AUGGUCGAGAAAGAGCACGGCGGAGGCUCUGGAGCCUCCGCGAGCAGCACCCCCCCGACCUUGAAUUGCCGGCGACGACGAGGGCAUCAGCACGCCGACCUCAACCGCCGCAUGUGGAAGGACCGGAUGCGGAUGCAGAAGAUGAAGGCCACCCUCGACGCCGCCGACAGGGCUUCGUUCGGCAUCGUCCCUGAAAAAAGCCAGUCACGGGGCCCUUUGGGCCCCCGGGCUGGUGGAAGGAGGAGGUCCGCCGACCGCCGCCCCCACUGCGUCGCGGGCUUCCUCCCCCGGGCCGGGCUGCCGGGCCCCGAGAUCGCCGGGCUCCUUCAUGCACAUGCUGCAGGAGCUCCAGGAAAGACGCUGGGGGGCUGCUUUCUGCUCUCGCAGCACGCGUGCCCCCCCAGCGGGCUUUCCCCCGGAGGGCCUGGCGCCGCCGGGGCCGCCGGGGGCGAGCUGUGGUGGGGGGCCGGGGAGGCCCGGCGAGCACGGGCCCCCCCCUACCGCAAACCCCACGACCUGAAGAAGGCGUGGAAGGUCAGCGUGCUGCCGCGAUUAUGCACAUGGCGCCGGUUUGGAGCGGAUGAGGAGGCUCGUCAACCAGUCCAAGUGCUGCAGCAUAAGAUGACGGCGAAGGACACCGCGACGGGGGGAAGGUCGUGA